AAGAUCCGGACGAUACGAGCUGAGCUCCCAUCGCAUCGCCCGGCGCCUCGCAACAACACCCGCUCGCUGCUUCCCUCGUCCUCAGCUCCGCCGAAUCGCGUCGCCGCCGGCCGAGAGGCCAUUGGAUUCGUGGCGUUGGCGAGCGUGGUCGCCAGCAGGAGAGGAGGGACGGCGGCGGCGGCGACUGUUCGCGGGAUGAGCUUCGGCGGCGCCAGCUCCGUCGCGGCCGGUGCGAAGCGGCCGUUCGAGUACGGGAGGACGCAUGUGGUGAGGCCCAAGGGGGCGCACAAGGCCACCAUCGUCUGGCUUCACGGCCUCGGCGACAAUGGAGCCAGCUGGUCUCAACUGUUGGAAACUCUUCCCCUUCCUAAUAUAAAAUGGAUUUGCCCAACUGCACCUACGAGGCCCGUGGCAAUUUUUGGUGGAUUCCCAUCUACUGCAUGGUUUGACGUUGCUGAUCUUUCAGAAGAUUCUCCUGAUGAUGUUGAGGGGCUGGAUUCCUCAGCUGCACAUGUUGCAAAUUUAUUGUCUACCGAACCUGCAGACAUCAAGCUUGGUGUUGGUGGCUUUAGUAUGGGUGCUGCUACUGCGCUUUACUCCGGUACUUGCUUUGCUCAUGGAAAAUAUGGAAAUGGCAAUCCAUACCCUGUAAACCUAAGUGUGGCUGUUGGUCUCAGUGGCUGGCUCCCAUGUGCCAGGUCAUUGAAGAACAAAAUUGAGAGCUCACAGGAGGCUGCACAGAAGGCUUCAUCAUUACCUCUUAUGCUUUGUCAUGGAAAAGCUGAUGAUGUGGUCCUCUACAAACAUGGAGAGAGAUCUGCUGAUGCACUUAAGUCAACCGGGUUUGCAAAUGUGGAAUUCAAGUCCUACAGCAGGCUCGGGCACUAUACCGUUCCAGAGGAGAUGGACGAAGUCGUCAAGUGGCUUACGGCAAGCUUGGAACUUGGCAGUUCCUCGUCAACUUGAUUGAAUGAAGAGAUGCCUUGAAAAGGGCUCGUUGUAGCGGCGUCUAAAUAAUAUAAGUACCUGUGGUUGUGCCGAAAUUGAGUGAUAAAAUGGUUGGAUAGCCAACUUGGGCUUUGGGUAUACGGUCAUGUCUUAGCUUGGCAUUUCAUAUGCAGACAUGCUUUACUGAAUCUUGGUACUCUUGAGAUUUCCAUAAAUUUGGUAUGUGUUUUCAUCCAAA